AUCCAUGUGUCGAGCGCAGCGCUUGACAUUUGGACGAUCCGUGCGGGUUGGACGACCUUUGUGAAUCAUUCGUGACAUUUGGAUCAAGCUCAAGUUCAGGGUGUUCUGUGAAACAGCGAGAUCAGCUGAGUGCGCCACUGCGCAAUGUCCCCCAAGUCUCGAUGAGACCUCCCCUGUGGCUUGGAGCGUGCACCGUACUUGGAGCCACGCGAGAGGCCUGGGCUGGCUCAUUGCAGGAGCCACGGGUCGUCUUCUCCGCGAACGCCACGCGGAAGGUCUUGGCCGUCCCAGGUCUGCAGGAUGGCUUCCUGAGCCUCGUGGUCCCGCGAUUGGACUUGAAAGAAGGCGAUGUGGUGGAGGUCGCCACGGAGCUGGGGAAGACAAGCUUGCUGGACGUGGCCUGGACAGCGGGGCAAAUCCUUUCGAAGCGUGGCACGGAGAUUGAGUUGAGGCCGCUGGAUGAGCAGCUCAAACCCUUCUGGUUCAGUGGGGUGCUGUUCCGUCGCUUCCCAUGGCGAUAUGUGGCUUUGGACGUCAACGACGCUGUGGAGGUCUGUACGACGCGCGGCUGGGAGCUGGCCCACGUGCAAAGCAUCCAAGCAGCCAAUGACAGCAUCGCUGUGGCCUUUGAAGAUGGUGAGACGUUCCCUUUGGGCCGGCCCUGGGUGCGGCGUCCGGCAGGAAACGUAUUGGGAUCCAUGGACUAUGCGCAGAUUGCGGUCGAUGACAAGGUGAAGGUUGAGACAUCCAGAGGUUGGGAGAUGGCCAAGGUGCUUCACAAGGGCGACUCCACCCUGGAUCUGGAGAUGUGCCCCGAUGGCGAACGAUUCUCUGGGCGCCCCAGGAUCGUCGGCCCCAUCGCAGUGAAGGACCAGACCCUGAAGCUGUGGAAGGAGAACCAUCAAUUGCGGGCACAGGUGGCCGAACUCUCUGCUUUGAAAAGCAUGGUGGAAUCCAUCAGCGUGGCAGCUGGGCCGCAGAUCUUUGCACGACUUCCCUGGCAGGUGCAGAUCUCCAUGUUUUUGGCCCAGCACAAGAUUUCCGGGUACGUUCAAGAAAUGCUGACACCUGGCGGCUGAGAUGCGCACGCCCCACAGGCGGAUCAGGACGUGUGCACGAAGCACAUGGUGAACUGAAGACCUUGGUUCUUGAUGAACCUGAUGUGAUGCUGAGCGAGGAGUUAAAAGAGGGACACGGGAGAGAUGCGCGGUGCAUGUGGAGGCGC